AUGGUGGCGGGGGAGGCAUUGAGCAGGGCCCCACUAGUGGCCAAGGCCCUCAGAGCUCACAGUAUUGAAUAGUUUGGCAUUGUUGGUAUUCCAAUCACUGAAAUCACAGUUGCAGCCCAAGCAGCUGAAAUUAAAUACAUAGGAAUGAGAAAUGAACAAGCUGCCUGUAACACUGCAUCUGCUGUUGGAUAUUUGACUGGCAGGCCAGGAAUAUGUCUGGUAGUGUCUGGUUCAGUUUUUUUACAUGCACUUGGUUUUAUGAACUGUUGGCCUUUGAUUGUUAUUAGAGGAUCUUUUGAGAGAAAUAAGGAAACCAUGGGAACUUUCCAAGAAUUUCCACAGGCUGAAGCUGGUAGGCUGUACAACAACUCUGUCUGCCCAAGCAGCCCAAAAAUUAUUCCUGCUGUUAUUGAAAAGACUGUAAGAACCAGUAUGUAUGGUUUUCCAGGUUCCUACUAUAUUGACAUACCUUGGGAUUUUGUGAAUCUUGAGGUGAACAAGAGCUCUGUCAACUAUGUAGAAUGCUGCCCACCACCUCCCAUCAGCAUGGCUGAACACUCUGCUGUCUCAAAGGCAGCAUCUAUGAUUGCUCAUACCAAGCAGCCUCUGUUAAUCAUUGGCAAAAGUGCUGAUUAUUCAAAUGAUGGAAACAACAUCAGAAAGUUGGUGGACCUUUGUGGACUGUCUUUUUUGCCUACAUCAAAGGCAAAAGGAGUAGUUCCUGAUAACCAUCCAACUUGUGUAGCUGCAGCAAGAUCCACAGCAUUGCAGCAUGCUGAUGUAUUCAUCGUGUUUGGUGCAAGGUUGAACUGGAUUUUGCAUUUUGGUCUUCUACCAAGGUUUCAUAGAAUCACAGAAUCACAGAAUAUUAGGAAUUGCAAGGGACCUUAA